AGUAGGCUGGAAGUGAUCAACUCUCUCACAAGAGGAGUCCAAGUUUUCUUGUUCACUCAUUCAUAUUCUGGCAUCAUUCUUCUUCUACCAUUUUUCUAGCUGCAAGUUAGAGAGGGAUGGGUACCACGAAGACUAAGCCAUGGCUCUUACUUGUUCUGCUUCUAAUCCUGUCUUGUUACAGAGCAUGCUUCUCCAUAGCUGGUAUUACCCUUUCAGCAGGUCAGUCUCUUUCCUUUUCAAAGAAAGAGAUCAUAUUAUCUCAAGGUGGCACUUUUGAGCUCGGUUUCUUCACUCCAGGCUCUUCAGGAAAAAUCUACCUGGGCAUAUGGCAUAAAUGGUUUGGUCCGAAGGAAACUGUUUGGAUAGCAAAUAGAGAAAACCCUUUGUCUGACCCAUCUUCGUCAAGACUUGACCUCUCAGAAGAUGGCAAUCUACUCCUGUUUGAGGGUUCCUCCAAGAUCCCAUUUUGGUCGACAAAUUUGACAUUUCCCGGGUCAAAUAUAACUGAAGCAGUACUUCGUGAUGAUGGGAAUUUUGUUUUGAGAAACAGGUCGAACAGGUCUUCUGUAUUCUGGGAGAGUUUCGACCAUCCAACCGAUACAUGGCUGCCAGGUGCAAAGCUUGGGGUCGAUAAGCUCAUUUCAUGGAAAAAUUCAGAAGAUCCAGCACCUGGUGUGUUCUCGAUGGGGUUAGACCCAAAUGGAAGCAAUCAGUAUUUCUUAGAGUGGAACAGAUCUCAAAUCUAUUAUAGUACUGGAGUUUGGAACGGAAAAUAUUUCAGCUUAGUUCCUGAAAUGAACAGAUCGAAUUCUAUCUUCAACUUCACUUUUGUGCCAAGUAAAAAUGGAAGUGAUGGAUAUUUAACUUACUCUCAUCGAAACCCUUCCUACCUUUUUACCCUUUCUAAAUAUCGGGUUGACUACAGAGGACAGUGGAGGGGACAAGUGUGGAUGUCUGGCACUUCGGAAUGGAGUUCAUUUUCGAUUACACCGAAGAAUCUAUCUAAUGUCUUUGCUUUGUGUGGUGCGUUUGGCGUGUUACAGUACCCUGAGGAUAACUCAACCCCUUGUCAGUGUCUAAAAGGUUUCGAACCAUUUUCGAUGAACUACACCAGACUAAACGAAUGGCGAGGUGGCUGCGUGAGGAAAUCCCCUUUGCAAUGUGAGAAUAAUACGUAUGCUAAUGGAAAAAAAGAUUGGUUCCUGCAAAUAUCAAACAUGCAAUUGCCUGCUUAUUCGAAAGCAUAUUUGGCCGUGGAUGCUAGUAGAUGUAAAUUGGCUUGCAUGGAGAAUUGUUCUUGCACUGCUUAUGCUUAUAAUAGGAGUGGGUGUAUGAUAUGGGAAGGAGCUCUUUUCAGCUUACAGCAACGCGGGACUGGGCAAGAUGUCUAUCUCAGACUUGCUGCUCAUGAUUAUCUAGAUCCAAGAACCAAAGGCAAAAAAUGGACAGUAUGGGUAGCUGUGCUGGUCCCUGCAACAGGGCUUAUCUUAUGCCUCGUCAUUUGUUUUUCAACCAAAAGAAAGCUCAAAUACAUAGGAGAGAAGGCCUCAAGCAAUAAUAUACUCUCAUUCGAUUUUGAUAUUGAACUCCAUGCAAAGGAUGUUGAGUUACCACUAUUCAGUUAUGACAGUAUAUCAGCUGCAACCAAUAAAUUUUCAACUUUGAAUAAGCUUGGAGAAGGAGGCUUUGGACCUGUUUACAAGGGGAAAUUACUCAGAGGGCGAGAAAUUGCAGUGAAGAUGCUUUCAAAAAGAUCUGGGCAGGGAAUCGAGGAGUUCAAAAAUGAGACAAUAUUAAUUGCAAAACUCCAGCAUAGAAAUCUUGUCAGAAUCUUAGGUUGUUGUAUUGAGCGAAAUGAAAAGAUAUUAAUAUAUGAGUACAUGUUCAAUCAAAGUUUGGAUUUCUACCUUUUUGAUCAAACAAAGAAAAACAUGUUAGAUUGGGGGACACGCAUACACAUUAUUGAAGGAAUUGCACAAGGAAUUCUUUAUCUUCAUCAAUAUUCAAGGUUACGGAUCAUACAUAGAGAUAUUAAGCCCAGCAACAUUCUCUUGGAUAGUGAAAUGAAUCCAAAAAUAUCAGAUUUUGGGAUGGCUCGAAUAGUUGGAGACAAUGAAACGCCAACAAACACACGUCGAAUUGUCGGAACUUAUGGCUAUAUGUCUCCUGAAUAUGCUAUGGAUGGUUUGUACUCGAUAAAGUCAGAUGUGUUUAGCUUUGGAGUAUUGGUACUAGAGAUUGUGAGUGGCAAGAAGAACACUGGCUUCUAUAAUAGCGAGUCACUCAAUCUUCUUAGAUACGCUUGGGAGCUAUGGAUAGAUGAUCGAAGUUUGGAGUUGAUGGAGCCAACAAUAGGAUAUCCUUCUUCUACUUCUGUUCUAUUGAGAUUCAUUAACAUUGGCCUUCUUUGUGUCCAAGAAAGUCCGACUGAUCGACCUACCAUGCCUGAUGUAGUCUCAAUGAUUAGCAAUGAACAUGCUCCUCUACCUACACCCAAGCAACCUGCUUUUACCAGAGGCCGGAAUGUGAUUGACACAAAUUCAACAAAUGACAGUACUGCAGAAAAUGGCUCAAAUAAUAGCUUGUUUCUUUGUUGGGCUACUGAUUGGGUUAUUGAACCUUUUGAGGUUUAUGACCCUUCUUGCGCCUCUAGGCCGGCUGCACGAUUCAUGAUUCCUCUGGCUAUCUGCGGCGCUGCCGGUUGGAGAGAGAUGGUUACCUAUACGAGUAAGCCAUGGCUCUUCUUUGUUCUGCUUCUUGUCCUGUCGUUCUACAGAGCAUGCUUCUCCAUUGCAGGAGAUACCCUUUCAACAGGUCAGCCUCUUUCAGUGAGAAAAACCAUAGUAUCUGAAGGUGGCAAUUUUGUGCUCGGUUUCUUCAGACCAGGUACUUCUUCAAAAAUAUACCUGGGCAUAUGGUAUAAUGAUUUUGAUGUCAAAGAUGUUGUUUGGGUAGCAAAUAGGGAGAACCCUUUGUCUGAGGCAUCUUCAUCAAGACUUGAACUCUCAGAAGAUGGCAACCUAGUCCUGCUUGAAGGUUCCUCCAAGAUACCAUUUUGGUCGACAAAUUUGCCACAUCCCCUGAAAAACUCAACUGAAGCAGUACUUCACGAUGAUGGAAAUUUUGUUUUAAGAGAUAGUUCCAACCAGUCUACUAUCUUUUGGGAGAGUUUCGACCAUCCAACCGAUACAUGGCUGCCGGGUGGAAAGCUUGGAAUCGAUAAGAUUACUGGAAAAUCGAAGCAGCUUAUUUCAUGGAAAAAUUCAAAAGAUCCUGCACCUGGUGUGUUCUCGUUUGGGUUAGACUCGGAUAGAAGCAGUCAACUUAUCUUGGAGUGGAACAGAUCCCAAAAGUAUUGGAGCUCUGGAUUUUGGACUGGAAAAUAUUUCAGCUUAUUUCCUGAGAUUGGGAACAAUAAAAUCUUCAACUUCAUUUUUGUGUCAAACGCAAAUGAAAGUUACUUUACUUACUCUGUUUCUAAUAGCUCAUUCAGAUUUAAAUUUAUCGUGAACUCUUCAGGAGAGAUCCAGCAACUGGCGUGGUUGGCUGGCCCUUUGGUUUGGAAUUUACUUUUGUCUCAACCGACACAACUUUCUGAUGUCUUUUCUUUUUGUGGUGCGUUUGGCGUGUACCAUGAGAGUUCCCCAAACCCCUGUGAGUGUCUAGAAUUUUUCGAACCAUUUUCGAUUGAAGACACCAGACUAGAUGAUUGGUCAGGUGGUUGUGUGAGGAAAUACCCUCUAAAGUGUGGCAAUAGUACUUAUGCUAACGGCAAAAAAGAUGAGUUCAUGCAAAUAAAGAACAUGAGAUUGCCUGUAAAUGCCAAAGAAUAUAUGACAGUGAGUCGAUGGAAUUGUGAAGCGGUUUGCUUGAAUAAUUGUUCUUGCACAGCUUAUGCUUAUAAUGGCAGCGUGUGUAUGAUGUGGGAAGGAGCUCUUUUGAACUUACAGCAACUCUCAUAUGAUGGCGGACAACAUAUCUAUGUCAAAAUUGCCGCUUAUCAGCAUCAGAGUACCAAAGGUAACAAAUUGAAAGUAUGGGUGAUUAUAGCCGUGCUGGUCUCUGCAACAGGGCUUGUCUUAUGCCUCUUCUCCAUUUGUUUUUCAAGAAGGAGAAAGCUCAAACGCAAAGGAGAGGAGGCCUCAGGCAAUGAUCUACUGUUAUUUGAUUUCAAUACUGAACUUCAUGCAAUUAAUGAUGGAACAAACACUACAGAGAAUCUGAAGAAAAUAGGGGAGAAGGAUGUUGAGUUGCCACUAUUCAGUUACGAGAGUGUAUCAGCUGCAACUAAUAAUUUCUCGGCUAUGAAUAAGCUUGGAGAAGGAGGUUUUGGACCUGUUUACAAGGGGAAAUUACUAAGGGGGCAGGAAAUUGCAGUAAAGAUGCUUUCAAAAAGAUCUGGACAAGGGCUUGAGGAGUUCAGAAAUGAGACAGUACUGAUUGCAAAACUCCAACACAGAAAUCUUGUCAGACUCUUGGGUUGUUGUAUCGAGCGAGAUGAGAAGAUAUUAAUAUACGAAUACAUGGCCAAUAAAAGUUUGGAUUUCUACCUUUUUGAUCCUAUCAAGAAAAAGAUGUUAGAUUGGGAUACACGCAUACGCAUUAUUGAAGGAGUUGCUCAAGGGCUUCUUUAUCUUCAUCAACAUUCAAGACUACGAAUCAUACAUAGAGAUCUGAAACCUAGUAAUAUUCUCUUGGAUAGUGAAAUGAAUCCAAAAAUAUCAGAUUUUGGCUUGGCUCGAAUAGUUGGAGGCAAUGAAACACAAGCAAACACACAUCGAAUUGUCGGAACUUAUGGUUACAUGUCUCCUGAAUAUGCUAUGGAGGGUCUAUACUCGAUAAAGUCUGAUGUCUUUAGUUUUGGAGUACUGCUACUCGAGAUCGUGAGUGGCAAAAAGAAUACUGGCUUCAACAAGAACGAGUCACUCAAUCUUCUUAUAUAUGCUUGGGAGUUGUGGAGAGAUGAUCGAAGUUUGGAGUUGAUGGAUUCGACAAUAGGGUGUCCUUCCACUUUUAUUAUAUUGAGAUUCAUUAACAUUGGCCUUCUUUGUGUUCAAGAAAGCCCCGCGGAUCGACCUACUAUGCCAGACCUACUCUCAUUUAUUAGCAACGAACUUUCACCUCUACCUACACCCAAGCAACCUGCAUUUGCCACCAUCUAUAAUAUGAUGGACACAAAUUCAACAACUGCCAGGGAAGGGAGUUGCACAUUAAACAACAUCACUAUUUCAACAAUGGAAGCUCGAUGAAUGCUGUAGAACAGACGUUUCUAUCUGAUAUAGUGAUAUGUGUGGACAUGAUCAAUAUGCUUCAUACUAGUUACAAAGCGAAAGACUCAAGUAGGCCUAAGGUCCGCUAAGAAUCAGUUGGAGGCGGCGAAGGCCGAGCUGGUGGCCGGGAGCCAAGCUUGAGGCCCUGGAUAAGCUUUGGGUUGAGUCAAUUUUUCUUUCAUACACUUUUAGUCUUUGUGGUGUUAGAAUCAUUCUCAGCUGUGUAAGGAACAAUAUUUGUGAUAAUACUCGUUAAAAUAUAUUUUGGAAUUUGUCUUGUGUAA